AUGAGAGCAAUGUUCAGAGAUGCAUUUAACUACCUAAGCAGCCACUCUUGUCUGAAAUUCAACUACGACGAGAAUGCCCAAUCUUCCGUUAAAAUCAACUUGGGCAAUAAUUGUUGGUCAUAUUAUGGAAUGCGGGAUGAGCAGCAGGAUCUGUUAUUUGCUUACAACUGUGCAGCUUUCGGAGUGGCUCUUCAUGAAGUUAUGCACGCACUUGGGUUUGCUCACAGUCAGGCUAGAACUGAUCGUGAUGAAUACAUUGUAGUUGAUUCAAAUAAUCAUAAUGACAGAAUAGAAAACACUGCUAAUCUGGUACCAUUUGAUUAUGGAAGUGUUAUGUUAUAUGCAAGAGAUGACACCAAAUGGCCCAUUGACCCAGAAUACAACUACACAAUGGGAAGUUUGCGAGUUGCUUUCUACGAUAUGAUCUUGCUGAAUGAGUUCUAUGAAUGCAACUGUGACAACCAUCCAGUCAAACUAGACUGCCAAAAUGGAGGAUAUCAGAAUCCAGCUAACUGCAAUGAGUGCCUGUGCACCGAUGGGUUUGGAGGGCAACUUUGUGACAAGCUAGUUGGAACUGUACUUGAAGCAUCCACAGAGUGGCAAAGUAAUGGACUAAGAAUUUGGAACAAAAAAGGAAUCGAAAACAAUACAAUGCCAGUUCACCACUUUUUCCAUGUUACGGCACCAGAAGGAUCAGUAAUUGAAGUGAGAAUCACAAAACUCUAUGGGUUCUACUGUCACGACUUUUGCGAUUACAAUGGAGUGGAGUUGAAAUAUAAAACUGAUCGCCGUAUUGUUAGUCCGUUGGUCUGCUGCGACAAUGAUAACUUGUGGAAUACUACGAGAUCCUCGACUAAUAAUCCGUUUGUGAUUGUGAAGUAUGGAGACAAUCGUACCCCGAUUUUUGGGUUCGAGUAUCGAUAUGUGCCAGGGAACUCAACUGUUUCAGAGGUAACUAAUGAAAUAGCUUCUGACUAA